ACCAUCGGUUAGGUUAAGUUACGUUAGGUUAGUCUUAUGUCAGUCCGGUCUCAUGAUCUGUCCGUAUGAAUAAUGAAUUGAUAAUAACAUUUUAAAUUAUAUUUACACACUUGUUUGGUCGCAGUACCGAUAAUUUUUCAGAAUUUACGAAUAAGGAUGAUUUAUAUAAAUAAUGAAACAGAAUAUAAAAACUUUUGCAGCUUGGAAUUUAUCCUGGUCUAACCUAUAACGAUGAUUUUAUUUGCUUAAUACAUAUUAGAUUUUAUCUGCAAGAAUAUUCCUGAUUUAGUGUUUAUACGUGUAUAUUAAGUUCUGCAAUUUAUUCCGAAAGUUGCAAGCCUCAAAUAAAACGCACCUCGUAAAAAACGAUGCAACGUACAACGCGCGGGAAAAUUUCGCGUGCUAAAGGAUCGGCGCCAAAGGGCGUUCGGACGACGAAUUGUAAUUCGUCGACAAACACCUGGGUGUUUUUAAUUUUAGAAGAUAGCCUGGACAGUUCAAAUGUGGCGCAGUCAGAGAUUGUGAAACUUAGACAUCCAGCUUCUAAUAAACCAGCUAUAUUUGUAUUCAGUCCUGAUAAUCUCACAGUGCAGGAAGUUUUAAUCUUUGACGAAAAUAAAAGAUCUUGGUUCAUUGACGAUAGUGUCAAAUCUGAUGGCAAGUUGCACUUGUCAACACCAGUUGACCCAUUAUUUUUAGUUUUGCCAUAUCUAAGGAAGUCACAGCUGGCGCAGCCUUUAGAACAAUGCCUCUGGGAUGAGGAUUUUCCAGAAACAUCUCGCCUUGCACAAUGUGAAAAUUUGAAUUUAUUGUUAAUUGCUGAUUGUAAGGGAGAUAAAUCAUUACAAGCUUUCAAAUUUAACGAGGAAAAGUCAUUAAAAUGGCUGCAGAAGAAGGUAGAAAAGGUAGCAAAUUUAUUAAAGCAGAAAGGUAUUCAUGUCUCCCAAGGUGCUAUUAGUGCUACUUAUGUCAAGAGUACUAAAUAUGAAAUUGAUACAGAAGCAGAAUACUUGAAAUAUGCAUAUGGAAUUGUAUCUGAAUAUCUUCCUGAAGAUUUUUCAAAGAAAUUGGCACAACAUUUAAAUAUAUCUGAUGAAACGGAGAAUAAAAAACGCAAAUUAACUAGUCCUAUAAAUGCAACUGAUGAGAAAAAACUUAAAAGAGAUUCUUCUGAAGAAAACCCACCAUCGAAAACAAAAACGAAGAACAUAUUAAUUAAAUCUGAAAAGGUACAAAAAAACAUUAUUCCUGGCAAAAAGGAAUUAGCUAGACAGAGAGCAGCUGCAGGAUCCAAAAGCAUUACUAGCUUUUUUCAGAAAAAAUAGAUCUCACAAUAUAAAAUAUACAUAAUACACUGCAACAAUUUUGAAAAUUAUACUGCAUUUCUAAAGGCAUUUAUAAGAUGUCAUAUAUAUAUUUUUAUAAAUUUUACUGUUUUGUAUAUAAAAAUGUGUUUUAACAUAACAUUCAAGUUGAAAAUUGCACUGUUAUAUCAUUAACAAAACUAUGUAUUAGAAAGAAUAAUUUUUU